AUGCACGAGUUUCAAGGGAACAACGUCGAAACACCCACGCCAGGCAAGGGUGAACCAGCGUUCUCGGAUCCUCGAAUACAUACUCCAAGAGCCACGUAUAAACAGGAAACGACGAUACACGGAGACCAGCUCGCAAUCGAGAAAAUGCAAACGAAAAUCAAGUUUCUCGAGAACAGCAAUAUUGUGAUGCAAACACGUAAUCAGAAGCUUAUCACCGAGAACAAAGCUCUCAUGUCCCGAUUGGAAGAGGAACAGGACGAGGUGAGGGGGCUCGAAAAAAAGAUAACGUCCCUUCAAGAGGAACUCGACUGUGAUAAACUGAAGCUGGAAGAAAUGAAGAAGGAAGCGGAAGCCAGUAAAAAGAAUGCGUGCAUGCUGAAAGCAAAUGCAACCUCGACUACUAAUAUACCGAGGAUCGAUCGAGGGGUACAAGUUUGGGCGGUGUGCAUGGGAUGUCGAAAGAAACUGGAAAGUUGUGAGAAACAACCACCCACCGUUACCAUUACCAAAUCCGAGCUGGAAGUAUUAGAGAAGGACAUGCAAACCCUAAGGGACACCAUAAUCGCUAGAGAAGAAGCGUGGGACAAAGCGAUGGAACGGGAAGAAAACUAUCGACAACAAUUAACGCGAUUAACAACAGAGACCAUCACUGCUCGUCACCUUUCUGAAACUCGUCACGACGAGCUUAAGACAAUGACGAAUGCACUCUCGGAAAAGGAGUCUGAGCUGAAGACGCUUGAAAAGGACAAUUUCAACUUGAGGAAACUGCUAACAAAGCACUACAACGUGUAUCAAAGGGGACAAGAAGGAAUCGAGAUAAAUGAAAAAGAUCAAAGGUACAUCGAAGAAAUUGCUCGAAUGACCAGUGUAAAGUCUAAACAGAAACCAAAAUCAAAAAGCGCCUGUUCCGAAAGAACCCCUCAUACGAUUGCUCACCAAAUUGCAAUUAGUCCACGUGAGAGAAGUGUAAAAACAACGAAGGAUCAGACAAGUUCGUUGAGGGAAACGAAACGAUAAGAGAAAUGAUUUUUUUGUUAAAAAUAUUCGCAAAAUGAUACAUCAAAUUUAUUUGUAUCAUAUUUUCAACUCUGGAAUGUCGAUAGUCAAUAAUGAAGUGAUCGUCCGUCUUAAUGUUUAUAUUCUUAAUUAUAAUUUUAUAAUUAUAUCUUUCUUUGUAAAUGCGGGC